AGAGCAGAUGAACCGCGCCCCAUCCGCGCAGACGCGUGGUCCAGCCGAUAGACUCAACCUGCUCUGGUCAAAAUUGACGCGACCGCUCGCGUAGGCAAUAUGAGCUGAUUGAAUAUUUAUGAAAAGAGACAUCUGCACGCGGAGUUCUAUGCCGAUACUCUGAGUCUCAGCUCACCGGCGGGAAGUUUUCACGUAGGGUUGUAAGGGGGGCACUCAUUGAGGUACUUUAUAAUUAUUGGACUGUUUCAAGAACAUAAUUAAGAGUACAUGAAAAAUGUUUCGACCUAGAUUUUGCAGGAUCUUUCGAAAUUUUCUCAACAGUUUCUCUGGUAACCCUAUCGAAAAUUUUCUCAAACUUGUUUUGCAGGUUUCGCUGGAAGAUUGCACGUGUUUCCAAAAAUCUACCUAAAAGUUCUCCAAGGUGAGAACUUCCAUUUCUUCGGCACCGGUCCGAUUCGCGUUUGGCUGCGUGAAUUUUCCAUAUAUAAGGAUACUGACGCCUCUUCAAGGCACAGUCCGCUCAUCUUCCUCGUCGUGAAACGUUUAGCCUUAAUCGUAUCAAAAUGUUCAAGUUCGUGUGCUUGGUUGUCCUGGUGGCUUCGGUAUCCGCCGAGCCUACUUUCCACAAGCUGAAGAAGCUGAAGCUUCUUAAGGCGGCUGCUCUUCUUGGAGGAGGUCACGGACUCGGACACGGUCUCGGUGGCUUUGUACCUCAUGUCGGAAUUGAACCAAUCUACCCGGAACCGAUUGGACAUCCGCCAGCGCCAGUCUACUACUCGCAGCCCGCUCAGCCAACCUACUACGCCCAACCUGCUGCUCCAGCCCCUCAACCGAUCGUCUACCAAGCUGCUCCGGCUCCGGCCCCAGCUCCGGUGACCUACUCCUUUGCCUCUGCCGCAGCUUCUGCUCCUGCCCCGGCCCCAGUGAGCUACCACGUGUCGGCUCCUGCUCCGGAACCAAUCCACUUCCACUCUGCCCCUGCUGCCGAGCCCAUCAGCUACAGCUUCUCUGCCCCGUCUGCUCCAGCUCCGGAGCCAAUCCAUUACUCGGUGUCCGCCCCCGCUGCUGAACCCAUCAGCUACCAUGCUACUGCUCCGGCUCCGGCUCCAGUCACCUACCAGCUCGUGGCCGCUCCCCAGCAGGUUGCUUAUGCCGCUCCGGCGCCAGCCCCAUACCACCCCAAGCCCAUCGGAUUUGAAAUCACCAAGCGUAUCGUCAAGCUGUAAAAAGCAGUGCUGCCAAAGUACCUUAAAAACCAGCUAACCCUGCUGCACAAGCCAUCUUUAAGCAAUAGAACAAAUUUUACCAAAACUGUAGAUUUUACGUACCAGAUGAGAGCUGAACGAAUAAACGAUAUUUAGUGAAAGUAAG